AUGGCUGUUUACAAAUGGCCAAGGAAGUUCAUUAUGCAAUGUGAGCGGGUUAUACGCAAUUUUCAUUGGUCCGGGGAUUCGGAAGUUGCGAGGAAGUUUGUGGUUGGUUUUGACAAAGUUUGGAGCCCUGUGAAGGAAGGUGGUUUGAGUAUUACAAGUAUGGCAGUUACAAAUAGGGGUCUUCUCAUGAAAUAUUGGCGUAGUAUUCGUUCUUCUAAUAAGAAGUGGGCGCGUUUCUUAUGGGCGAAAUAUACUACACAGACUGGUAGAAUUACGCAAUAUGGUGUGAACUCUUCUAUCUUGCCUGGUGUUAGAUUGGUUCGUAAUAUUGUGGAUAGAAAUACGAAAGUGCUUCUUGGUGAUGGGCGAGCCACUUCUCUUUAUUAUGAUGUUUGGAAUGGUAAUGAAUGUAUUGCUGAUAUUCUUGGUGAUAAUGAGCUGGAUAGUACUGUCAUGGUAAGUACUUUGCUUUCUAAUAAUGAAUGGCAGCUGCAAGGCGAUCAUAUUCAGAAUUUUCUUCGUGCGAGAGUGGAUUUGAAUAACUUACCAACGCCACAAGGAGGAGAUGAUCAUAGAGUCUGGAUGCCGGAGAUGAGAGGUAACUUUACUGUCAGUUCAGCAAAACAGCUAAUAAGGAAGAAAUAUAAUGUCUUGGACGUGUAUGGGCUGUUGUGGAGGAAGGUUAUACAUCCAAAAUUAGCUGCACAAAAUUGGAAGUUGGCGCGAGAAGCUUGUGCUACGCAAGACAAAAUCAGGAUCGGAUCAAGGUCAAUCUUGCUAAUAAGUGUUACCUUUGCAAGUCCGAUGAAGAGUCCUUGGAGCAUAUUUUAUGGAGUUGUUCCUUUGCAACUCAAAUUUGGCAAUGGAUCUCAGUUUUUUCAACCUGUUGAGUGCUUUUGGACUCCUCCAAAUAGGGACGAGCUGUUAUUAUGCUGUGACGGUGCGGCCAAGGGUAACCCAGGAAUCGCAUGGGCUGGAGUUGUGGCUCGAGAUGCAGAUUGUAAUUUUAUUGGCGCAAUGACUAUUGGACUUGGUAGAACAAACAAUUUCCUUGCUGAACUUUAUGGUAUCAUUGUGGGACUAGAGUGGGCGCUCAAAUGGGUUGUUAGGAAGAUUCUGGUGCGUUCAGAUUCUAUGGGGGCUGUAAUGACCUUUACUAAUUCGAAUAUGCCAUGGUUUGCAAGACAACGGUGGAGGAAAAUUCAAGAAAGCUAUGAUUUUAUUCGUUUUGUUCAUACUUAUCGGGAAGCUAAUUUUGCAGCUGAUGCAAUGGCCAAAAGAGAUUACUUGCUAAGGAAUGGUAAAGUCCUGAAUAAUGAUGAGAGACCUUAUUUUCUAAAUUCAUUAGAAUACCCUAAUGUCUCUUACUUCAGAUUAAAGUAG